AUGUCUUUCCCUAAAAUCCCCCCGUACAUAUUACAAGAGCUACCUGAUAUUACAGAAAUAGUGAAUUUCCCUAUUAAAAACAUACAACGCAUAAAGUACACAUGUUUCGAUGUAUCAAGAACAUUAAUAGCAUUUGGUGCAACUAGUGGUGGUAUUUAUGUAUUCAAUCGGUGGCCCUGUGAAUUUGUUCAGCUUAUUCCAAGUAAAGAUGGCCCCAUAACUCGUCUGGCAAUAUCAGCAGAUGAAAAGCAAAUAGGUUUCGCAAAUGGCAAAGGCAUUAUUACAGUUACAGAAUGUGAGCAAACACUAAGUGGUUUUUCAACAACAUCAUCAAAAGAGCACCAAGGCAAUGAAGUGACAGCAAUGAUCUGGAGUGGAAACAUGUUGUUCACAGGUGAUGACAUCGGCAAAGUUUCAGUUUUACAAUUGCAAAAUUUUAUUGCAAAGAGAAUGUUUCAAAGCUCCUCUCAAAUAAUAAUGAGUUUAGAUUCUCGAAUUUGUCAACUGGAUGCAAAAGAAUGUAUGCUACUCGUAUCAACUUUAACAAGGUGCUAUAUAUGUAACACUGUUCAAGAGCAAUACAGACAGAUUGGUCAAAAACUAAGAGAUGGUGAAUUUGGUGCAUGCUUUGCAUAUAUCGAAAAAACCAUAACUAAUGGUUCUUUGGAGAAUAACCAUCAUGAUUUUACUGAAGUGAAAAAAUAUAAUAUAGUUGAUGACGAUGCCAGGUUUACAGUUGGAGAAGAAUUUGCAAAUACUGCUAUAUUUUGUGCCAGACCAUCGUCACGAUUGUGGGAAGCUAGUGUUGAUGGUAUGGUAAGACGAACGCACCAAUUCAAACAGGUUUUAGCCAACCAGCCAAUGAAAUUGAUCACUCAAGAUUUAUACAAUACAGAAAAGUUUAGUGUACAAGAUUCCAAAAACGGUGAUGGUCAAUCCGUUAACUUUACCAAAAUAUAUACAUUAAAUAAUGCAAUAUUCUCAUAUAGUAGAAAUUCGUUGUUUUUUUUAAAUAUUCAAAAUGUUGACAAUACAGUAUGGUAUGAUGAAUACAACGAUAUAGUUGAAUGUAGAGUUUUUAAUGAUAUGAUAUACCUUAAAUUGGCGAAUAACUCUCUAAUUAGCCUAAGAUUUACUAAAGUAGACAAAUUUUUAGUUAAAUGCUAUGCCGAUGGUAAAUUUGGGCUGUGUGCUGAAAUGUGUGCCUUGUUUAAAAAAUACUUGUUGUCUGAUAAUUCAUCACCAAAGUUACGUAUAUUAGUGGGUUUGAAAGAAAAGUUAGAUAAUGGAGUAUUAAAGAAUUUAGAAGAUUUAUUCGAGAAAUUUGAAAGACUAAAAGUGACUGAUGCUACACAAACAAAAUCAGGAAUUUACGUCGUAGAUAAUACGUAUACACAAACACUAUUAGAUGAUAAUACGAAAAUGAGGCAAGAUGAUCUUCCUCCGGAUCCAUUACAGACUCUCAAAGGUAUAACUGUGUCUGUAUCUGAUAAGUUAAAUACUAGCAAGAAGAUGUUAAAAGAAAAAUGGGAAGGUUUCGAAGAAAAAAUGAAGCAUCUAAGUAUCGAUAAACAAGAUGUACCCCAUAUUAGACAAGAAAAUGAUAUAUAUCCUAAAUGGAUACCACGAGACGAUUAUAAUGCAGAUACAGCAAACGUCACAGAUAGUGAUAUAAUUUUCAAAGAAUCUAGUCAAAACGAAACUCCUGUAGAAAUUGACAGUAGCAGUAUAGAAAAGGACAAAGUGUGCAAAAUGUUGUACCAGCAAGCGAGAUUAAGUCUCGUCAAUAAAGAAUCUGAAUUGAAUUUAAACAGUAUCAUUGACGAAUAUACAAUUGACAUUAAUGAAAUACACGAUUUGAUGCUUUCAUUAGAAAAGUAUUGCAUUUCGAUAGACGCUAUAGAAGAAUCCAAAUUUGCUCCAAAUAAUAUAUUUUUAACGUACUUAAAUAACGCAGAAAACAAAUCUGAAUUGAUUUAUCUCAUAAUAAAAGAUGAAGUUUUAUAUAAGUAUUUCGUUGAUUCAUGUAUAGCUGUGAAUCUAAAAACUCAGAAACUUUCAAGAAUAGGUUGUGAAUGCGGUUUCCCUCUGCCAUAUAUAAGAACAAGUCAAAUGCCAAUAUUUUCAGAGCUGAUAGACAAUUUCAUAGAACAACAAUGGACCAAUCAAACAAAGGAGCAAUGCUAUGAGAUAUGUAAAAGAAUGCCGUAUUUGUGGCGGAAAAUAUUAUAUCUACGAAGGAAUGAGGAUCUAAUAAAUGUUUUAAGGAUACUCCUGCAAAUGCUGGACGAGAGCUUACUUCACUCGUUCUUGCCGCAAUUCACUUUGGACACUUGGGAGAGGGCUAUCCAAUUGUAUGCAACAUUGUACGCGAACAUAUGUUUGAAUUGCAAUAAAAAAUUUGAACACAUAUGUGUUAAAGAAAUGCUGAGUUGGGAUCAAUUAGGAUCAAUGUUAAUAAAAUCUGUUGGGGGUAAAAACGCUAUAAAAUUGAUGGAAAGACACGCAAAUCUCAUAGAAAUGGGGGCGUUAACUAUGAAGUUUUACCAUACGUGUUUACUUGUCCAUUUGUACGAGAAGUAUGACGGUACGAUAGUGAUUCCUUUAGUUGAUGCUAUAUACAGUGCAUAUGAUUUUGAGGAAUCUAGGAUAGAGAUACAAAAACUAUUGUUAAACUCAUCAGACGGAAAUAUAAGAAACACAGCAUUACCUCUAACAGUUGCGGGGACUUCCCCGUAUUGGGGUCUAAAGAGAUUUUAUGAAAAGAACUUACCUAUACAAAAAGGUAAUAUAUUGAAUGAUAUUUUAAUAAUAAUGACUAUGAACGAUUUAAUGGACUGUAGUCUCUGUGGGUUGCCAUUGCAAAAUGAAGUUUUAAUUCAAGAUGGCGGAUUGUGGGUAUUUAAAUGUGGCCACACUUUUCAUGGCGCUUGUCUGAAUUUGAACAAAAUUAAAUUAUGCCCAUCUUGUUCUCUUCAA